UGAGUAAAUUUUUAAAGGAACCUGUGGAGAAAUUUCCUAAAUAUUCCUCCGAGAAAUACCCCAAUGAAUCCUUUUAAAAGUUCCUGAAAUAAUAAUUUCGGAAUAAUAAUUUAAUGAAGAAGAAGUUUCUAAAACCUAACAGGAAUUCCUACAAAAUUCCCUAGGAGAAUUAUUGAGAGAAAAUUGGAGAUGUCUUCGAAGGGAAACUUGAAAGAAUACAGGGAAAAGCUACUUUGAUUUUUUUUUGAGAAAUUUUCCAAAGGAUCCAGGAAGAUAUUCCUGAAGGAAUUCUUGGAGAAAUUCCCGAAGGACUUCGUGGGAGAAUUUCUGAGGGAGCUCGUGGAGGAGUUCCUGAAAAAAUCGUUGGAAGAGUUGAAGAAGAAAUCACUGGAAGAAUUUCUCAAGUAGAAAAAAAAAUAGAAAAUUAGAGAUUUUGGAAAUUAGAGUCCAACAUUGAAUGCAGUAAGCCUCUAAGGAAUUCAUUAAAGAAACAUUUAAGGACCUCCUAAACAAACCUUUUAAGACAUUUAUGUUUGAAAAUUUUGAGUUUCUGGAAUUAUAAUUUCGGAAUAAGUAUUUGAAACAUGUUCGCAAAACGUGUUUGAGGGAAAACUAAUAAACACCCGAACAAAAUACACACUCACUAGCUACAACGCCGUGUGCCCUCGAAUAUACGGACAACCCAAAGCACACAAGCCCAAUUUACCUCUCAGGCCAGUGGUCCCCAACACAACGUCUCCAACGUACCAUCUUUGCAAAUACAUUGCCGGUAUACUCCAGAGAUCGUUCAAAAGCCAGUACAACGCGGUUGACUCAAACACGUUUUGCGAACAUGUCAAUCAACUAACGAUACCACCCGAUCAUGUGCUAGUGUCAUUCGAUGCGGUGUCACUGUUUACAAACGUGACGAAAGAGGUGGUUAUCCACGACAUAAUUUCCAUGUGGGAUGAAAUACGAGAGAACACCAAUAUAAAUUUGGAUCUUUUUCUCGAAAUUGUUGAUUUCUGCGUAGGAGCCAGUUGCUUUUGUUUCCGGCAAAAAUUUUAUGUCCAAAUAUCAGGCACAGCUAUGGGAAGUCCACUCUCUCCCAUUCUUGCCGACAUAGUAAUGGAGAAUUUGUUGAGAAGAGCAAUAACAGCGGCCAAUAUUCUACCAGAGUAUAUCCGCAAAUACGUUGACGACCUAUUCUUGGUUUUACACAAGGAUCAGGUGAAUGCGGUGUUGGCAACCUUCAACUCACAAAACCCGAGAAUUUUGUUCACGUGUGAAGUUGAAGAAAAUGGGCGACUACCAUUUCUCGAUCUGCUAGUAAUACGGGACGAGGAUGGUAGCGUUAAAACCGAUUGGUACGCCAAACCAAUAUCAUCCGGCAGGAUUCUCAACUACUACUCCUUCCAUCCGAGCGAUCAAAAACUGGCGGUAGUCAACAAUUUCAUCGACAGGGUCCGUAGGUUGAGCACCACUCGCAGCAGGGAAGAGCAAGAGCUACUCAUUCACCAGCACCUCAGCAAAAACGAUUACCCUCAUUCUCUCAUCAACCGACUCCUUCAUCAACCACCUCGUACAGACAACCCGGAAAAACCAACAAUCUACCGAUCAAUCCCAUAUGUCCAUGGUCUCAGCUCUAGCAUCAAGAGAAUACUCCACAAGAGCAACACACAAAUAGGAAUCUCCCACAGCUACAAAAACACAGUAGGGCAUCUUUAUAAGAAUGCAAAGGACCCGGUAUCUGAUCUCAGCAAAUGCAACGUCAUAUACCGGAUCGACUGUCGGGAUUGUCCAAGCACAUAUAUUGGGAUGACAACAAAUAAGCUGAGGAAUCGAAUGUACGGACAUCAAACACACGUCAACACACUGGAGAGAAAGUUAUUGGAAGGCCAUCAAUACACAGAUCCGGAAAUACUACAGCUUCAAGAAAAAUCUGCGCUAAUCCACCACUGCAUCCAGCACCAACACCGAUUCAAUAUUGGCAACCCCUCCAUCGUCGAUAUAACACAUAGGAAACAAGCUCUGCAAGUGUUGGAGAUGUGUCACAUCUCGACAACCUCCAACACGGUCAACCAUCGGACUGAUACCGACAAUCUAAGCUGUGCGUACGCACAUCUCCUCGCUUCGAUCAAAGAUCAGAGAGUAGAGAGAAUUGCGUUGUCAACAAACCGAAAUAAUCGACGAGAAACAGAUGAUCAAACAGCUGACCCAACUACCUAACCCACACUAACAAAUCCUACCACCCAAAUUACACCAAAGAUACACACCCCACAGUAAAAUCCGAACGGCGAUUGAUAACAGCCGCAGUGUUGUGUUCCGCUGAUUUCUUGUCCCGAGUGUCUCCCUUUCGUACCACCCACCCAACAUCCCACUAGGGUGCUGGUGAUGAACGAGAAAAGUGCAGUGUCUUUUAGAAUCCGACAAACGAUCGUGUGCAAAAUACGAUUAUCACAAGUUGAUUAAGAUCGAGCCCUGAGGAAGAUCCCAACCCAAGGAUCGAAACGUUGGCAAUGAUAUAGAAGUAUCAACGCUUUUUCCGUGACUGAAAGCCGAAAAACUCCCAUAGUUAUCAAAAAUCCCAGUCGAAUCUUCCCGUGUAGAAGUUACUGAAAAAAAUCUUUAGGGAAGUUGUGAAACAAUCAAUGGAGGAAUUUUUAAAGUGUUCUAUGGAGGAGAAAACUUUAAAAGGAAUCAUUAAAGGUAUUCUUUGAAGAUUUUUUUAAGAAUCCAUAAAGAUAUUCAUGAAGAAAUCGUCAUAGGAAUUCAUAAAAGAAUAAUUGAAGAAACUUCUAAGGAAUUUCUUUUAGAAUUUUUUGUAUGAAACCUUAUGGGAGUUUCCAAAAUAAUAAUUAUGAAAUGAAAAUUUGUUGAAAUUCUCGAUGGAAUUCGUAACAGAAUUUCUGAUGGAACGCUUGAAGGAAUUUCCAAAAGAACCACUAGCAUCCUGAAGGAAUAAUUUUUGGAGGAAUUUCUGAAUGAAUUCUUAGAGGAAUUCCUAUAGAAAUCCCUAGAUACAUUCUUAAGAAAGCCUUUGGAGAAGUUCCUGAAGGAAAACUUGAACAAAUUACUACUGCAGUCCUGCUGAAGAACUCAAAAAAAAUACUUGGAGGAAUUACUAGCGAAAUCUUUGAUUAAAUAAAAAACUCCAUAAGGAUAUUCUUGAAGGGAUCAUUGCAGAAAUUUCUGACGGAUUACGUGAAGGAAAUUCUGAGGAGAUUUCUGACGGAACACUUCGAGGGAUUUCUCAAGGAAUCAUUUGAAUCCUAAAGCAAUCUUUGGAGUAAUAUCUGAAGGAAUCCUUAGGGGAAUUUAUGCAGAAAUCCCUGGAGGAUUUUUUGUGUAAGAAGCCUUGGAGGAGUUUCUGAAGGAAAGCUGCAGGAUUACUGUAAUCCUGCUGAAAGGUUAACAAAAAUACUUGGAGGAAUUACUUGGGAAAUCUUUGGAAAACUUUUUAAAAUAAACCUGGAUAUUCCUGAAGGAAUCCUUGGAGAUUUUCGUGAAGAAUUCCGCUAAUGGCUUUCUGGGGAAAUCAAUAGAGAAUUUCCUGAGAAAAUUGUUGGAGAAGUUGCCAAAGCAAUUACUGAGGGAAUUUAUAAAGUGAAUUAGAAGAGAAAGUUUUAGAAGAAAUAAUUGAAGGAUUUAAAAAAAAAUGAAUAUUUUUUAAAGAAUUCAUUAGGAUAUUCUUGAAGGAAUACUCAGAGGCAUUCAUGAAAGAGUAAUUGAAGGAAAACCUUUAGAUUUUUUUGUAUGAAACCUUGUAUAAGUUUCUGAAAUAAUAGUUUCGCAAGGAGAAUUUUGUGUAAGCUCCUGACGGAGAACUUGAAGGAAUUAUGGAAAUCUUGGAGGAAUCCUUGGGGAAGUUUAUUAGAGAAUUCAUAGAAAGAAAGUUUGGAGUUUCUGAAAGAAAACUGGAAGGAAUUAUUACUGCAAUCCUGCUGAAGGAUUGUAAAAAAAUAAUUCGGAAAGCUUUGAAGAUUUUUUUAAAGAAUCCAUGAAGUUAUUCCUGUAGGCAUUAAAACUACUUGUUUGCAGUCUUGCUACAACAAACAUUCCAUAAUAUUGGCGGGAUAGGGUCUGGGCCAUUUGAGCGGAAGUACCUAUUUUGGGCACUUGCUGCUAUA